AUGCAAGGUGACAUUGCUUCAGGUAUGGGUUGGAUUAUUCGUGAUGUUAAAGGCACCUUUCUGGAUUGUGGUAUUGAAAUUUUUCAUGGUCGUGUUCUGUUGAAGAAGCAGAAUUUACAGUUCUACUCUAGGCAGUACAAUGUACUUGGUCCUUGGGCUAUGUUUGACUCCAACUUAAGAUCACUCAAUGAUAACGAGAUUCCAAGGUUAAACUCGCGGAAAGUGGAAUGA